GUGAUUACUUUAUGGACGCAGAUAUGAGAUGGAGAAUUCACCAAAGCAGGCCUAAAACCCUAAACGACGCCCUUACUGUUGCUGUUGAGCUGGAAGCCUUCUUGGAAACCGGUCACCCCAGAGAACAAGUACAUUCUGGUUAUCAGUGACUACUUUACAAAGUGGACAGAGGCAUACGCAAUCCCAAAUCAAGAGGCAGUAACAGUAGCUCGUGUUCUGACAGAAGAAUUUAUCUCUCGUUAUGGGGUCCCUAUGGAAAUUCACUUCCCUUUUCAAGGAGGUUUUGAACAUCCUUGGUUUAGACAAAACRAGAACAACUCCCCUCAGRCCCCAAUCUGAUGGAAUGGUAGAGAGGUUUAAUCGGACCCUAAAGAACAUGCUUUCAAAGUUUGUCAAGGACAAUGUUAGUGACUGGGAUUGCCACUUACCCUUGCUUAUGAUGGCUUACCGCUCAUCUGUGCAUGAGACGACCAAAGUGACAGGCAGAAGAGAAAGUACAAUCAACGACUUAAUCAAAAAAACGUAUGAUCGAGGGGCACCAGUUUGGUUUUACAACCCAAAAAGGAAGAAGGGAGUUUCCCCUUGCUUACAGCUUCCGUGGGAAGGCCCGUAUCUUGUUCUGAAGAGGAUUAGUGAUGUUGUGUACAAGAUCCCGAAUAGUCCUCGAUCCAAAACAAGAAUUAUUCACCAUGAUCGUCUCCGGCCCUACCAUGGAGAGAAGGCACCAACUUGGUUAGACGACGUUGAAGAAGUCCAGCCAGUUACAACGGACAGCCUCGGAAGACCUUCUUCGAAAAAGACACCUGACGAAUGUCAUGAAAGACCAGAGACCACGGAACCUAGACUAGUUUGCAAAGAUCAAAGACGCCCGAGAAUUGACACGCUCGAACUCGUUGGAGACACGUUUUUUGAGAAAAUUUACCCYAGCUGA